UUAAAUAUAAUAAGUACUCUUGUUGGUAGAUGGCUCUGUAGUUGCAAUUUAGUUAUUUAGGGACAUGUAAUUAUAUGUUCCAUUGGUUCGUGACUUUCUCUCUUGUUUCCUUUUUCCGUUGAAGAGGUAUUACAGCAAAAUGGGUAAAGUUAAGUGUACUGAUCUGAGGACAAAAGACAAAAAUGAAUUACUCAAGCAACUGGAAGAACUUAAAACUGAGUUGACAAAUCUUCGAGUGGCAAAAGUUACUGGUGGUGCUGCAUCGAAACUUUCAAAAAUCCGUGUGGUGAGAAAAGCAAUAGCUAGGGUAUAUAUUAUUAUGCAUCAAAAACAGAAGGAAAAUUUGCGUUUAUUAUACAAAAAUCAUAAAUAUAAGCCUUUGGAUUUAAGGCCAAAAAAAACUAGAGCUCUUAGAAGAGCAUUGACACCUUAUCAAGCCAACAGAAAGACUCUAAAAGAAAUACGCAAGAGAUCUGCUUUUCCUCCAAGGAAGUAUGCUUUAAAGGUGUAAAUUGCAAGGUACUUAAUAUUCAAGAAAUAACAAAAGCUGUAAAAAUUUAAAGACGAAUGCCAGGGUUUCUAGAAAGCACAAAGUUCAGAAGUUCAUCACUGUCCUCACAGACAAAUGGUUUUCGAUGAUGGCAAGCUACAUCAUGCCAUUUAAUUCCAUCAUUGUAAAAGUUAUUCAGAAUUGAUAAACAAGAUUCGUCGUUACCCUGCAAUAUAAAUUCAUACAUUAAAAAACUAUUAAAAAUGAAAUUUGAAUAAAGCAA